GGAAUAGUGCACGUCAGUCAGUCAGUCCACUUCUUCUUCAGGGUCAAUAAUAAUGUGUCAAUAAUAUCCAUGGAAAGGCCGUUGGUCCUGCCCAGCAUCAUCGAGUUGAGAGCAUCGCCGGUAGUCGUCCUCCUCGCUCAACGCCUGAUUCCGGUCCCUGACUGAGCCCGGACCUGGCACGGCAUGGAUUUAUUCCGCAGUGUCUUGGGCGGCGUAGGCGGGGGGUCGGGCGUGGCACCCGGCGCUCCGGGUGGCCCCCCUUCCUCGGCCGAUACCAUCGAGCGGUUAGUCGACCGCCUGAGCUCAUCGACCCUGUUGGAGGAUCGACGCGACGCCUGCCGGGCCCUCAAGGCCAUGUCGCGCAAGUUCCGGGUGGAGGUGGGCGUCCAGGCCUUGUCGGCCUUGGUCGAGAUCCUGGCCCACGGGGACGGCCAAUCCUACGAUGAGGAGAUGCUCAGCUACGCCUUGGACACGCUCUGCAACAUCUGCUCGCCCGACGAGUUCGAGGAAGAGGUGGGCCGGGCCGCCGAGCGCGAGCCGGCCGAGGGCGUGGGCGAACAGUUCACCGAGAUUUAUCUCAAGCAAGCGGUCAAUGUCCAAUACGCCUUGGACGCCUUGGGUGAGUUCGACUUCCGGAUCCGUCGGCCCGCCGUCCGGUUAUUGACGCACUUGCUGUUCAACAAGCCCCGUCAAAUGCAAGACCUGAUCUUGGCCUCGCACAUGGGCGUGAGUCGCCUGAUGGACGUGUUGGUGGACAACCGGGAGGUGUUGCGCAAUGACGCCCUCUUACUACUGAUCCAGUUAACCAAAGGCAAUGCCAAUCUCCAGAAGAUCGUGGCCUUUGAGAACUGCUUUGACAAGCUCAUCGACAUCCUCAACAUGGAGGGCUUGAGCGAUGGCGGGAUCGUGGUCGAAGAUUGUCUUCGACUCAUGUUAAACUUGUUGCGCAAUAACGCCUCCAAUCAGACCUUCUUCCGGGAAGGCAGUUUCAUUCAACGGAUCACGCCCUUCUUCGACUUGACGCUCGAGCCUGAGGAGAUCGAAGUGGGCUGGUCGGCCCAGAAGGUGUCCAACAUGUUGCAUAUGCUCUUGGUGGUCCGCACCCUCGUUUCGCCCGCCAACCCGUCCCACGUCACCACCAGUUGUCAACGCACCGUCCACCAGUGUGGUCUACUCGAAAAGUUGUGCUCGAUCCUCAUGGCCGCCGGUAUUCCCUCCGAUAUCCUCACCGAGGCCAUUAAUGCCAUCGCCGAGUCCAUUCGAGGCUGCGCUGCCAAUCAGGACUUUUUUGCCCUAGUUCAGGCUCCGGCCACGCCGCCUCGACCGGCCUUGAUCCUACUCCUGAUGUCCAUGGUCAAUGAGAAACAGCCUUUUGCGCUUCGUUGCGCGGUGUUGUACUGUUUCCAGUGCUAUGUGCACAAGAAUUCGAAUCGACAGAACGAGAUCAUGCGCACCUUGUUGCCCGCUAACCAGCCGGCCAAUAACGAAAUCACGGCCGGGCAGUUGCUUUGCGGUGGACUCUUCUCCAAUGACCGCCUCUCCAAUUGGUUCUCGUCGGUGGCUUUGGCUCAUGGCCUGGUGGAUCAAGAGUCCAUCAAAUUAGAACUUCUCCGCGUGCAAUUGUCCACGGCCAAGGGCACUGAGCCCGUGUCCAUGAUAUCCCAGUGCUGUUACAUUCUCCAGCAAUCAUCGCAAAUCCAGACCCGCUUGGGCAUCCUCAUGCUCGUUUCCACGUGGAUUCACAAUUGCAUCCCGGCCGUGACCACCUUGUUGGCCAUACCAGAAGUGGUGCCAUUCCUGACUGGACAAAUCGGCUCCAACGAGCACGACGACCUUGAACGGCUGGGACAAGGGUUGUGCGCUUUUGUCUUAGGCCUGUGUAUUCUGGAUAACGACAAUUCCGUGGCCAAUAACACGCAAGACGAUCUGUAUCAGUUGAUCGAAAAACGCAUCGGCGGUGAGGUAUUUUUGGAUAAGCUGGGGGAGAUUUCCAAGCACGAAUCAUACAAUCGUGCUUUGAAACAUCCACAGCCUAAGUGCGUGGAUUCGAAGGAUUUGCUCUUUGACCACCACUUUUGUCUUCAAUUCAAGCAUUUAGAGCACAGUAUCAUCUCGUUCCUGCAUAGAAAGAAAGAGAACGAUCCCCUGGUAGAGACCACAGAGAACAACGCAGCCUUGGUCCAACAGUUCAAGGAGCUGAUCCGGGAGCAAGACCAGCGAAUUAACGACCUCACCAAGGCCAAUAUCUAUCUUCAAAGCGAAUUGACCACGGCCAAACACCAGGUGGACGACCUAAUCACGUCUUUGGCUACUUUAAAGGACCAGAAUUCCGUGUUACGAGCCCAAAGCUCGCAUACCAAAGCUGCCAUACCCACCUCCGAAGUCAUCAAUACAAGCACUUCUCGGAAUGGCCCAUCCACGGGGUCCCAGAAUGCCAAUUUUGCCGAGGAGAAGCGCAAAUUGGAGCAUGAAGUGAAGAUCCGGGACGACAUUAUUCAAGAGCUUGAAAUGAGACUCAUGACCGUGGAGAAUGAUCAUUCAACAUCUGGGGACCCCAAGCCAUUAACGAAUGGCCAUGGAUCGGAAGUAGAGGCGGAAAUGGCGUUGCUCAAGACUCAAUUGGAAUCGUUGAGAGUCAAUCUAAGUCAGAAAGAGGAGGACAUUCACGACCUCAAGAGCCAAAGAGCGCCACCCCCUUCCAUACCCAUUGCCUCGAAAGAACUUGAGGCCAUGAAGCUGGACGUGGAGACCCUCAAGGCCGAGCAGGACGAUCUUUUGGUUUUAUUGGCCGACCAGGACACCCAAUUAGUCGCGUAUCGGGCCCAGCUUCGCGCCUUGGGCCAAGUCGUGGAUGAGGAUGAUUAAAAUAUUUCAAUUAUCUAUCACCUUUGCGUUCCUUUUUCAUAAGUUUUUGUAUUGUCCGCCGUCAUUUUAUGAAUAAGAGAAAAAAAAAACAUUCCAACUCGAA